AUGUCUUCAGAUUGCAAAAGCCGCCGCCGGGAGAACAAGGGCUCUGAAGAAGUAGACCGGAUCUCGAACUUACCCGACGAGGUCAUCCACGAGAUCCUCGCUCUCCUCAACUCCCCCCGGGAAGCUGCAAAAGCCAGCAUACUGUCUUCAACAUGGUUUCGGCUCUGGCGAUCAUACCCAAUCCUCGAAUUCCACGAUACCCAGUUCAAAUCGACGCAAUCGGUGAAGGGAUUCGUCUCCACCGCCAGGGAGAAGUUCAGUCGCAGAAGCGACGGUACCCUAAUUCCGAUGAAAGCCGUCAGAAUCAAGUUCAAUGUUCAAAAGAAGUGGCCCUUAGAAAUCUGCUCUGCUUUCCUCGAUGACAUGUUGGAGUUGGUUGCAAACAGAUCUCACCCACCGCAAGAGAUUGAUAUUGCAGCCGAAUUCGAUAAGAACAUUGGCAGAACCCUCAAUUUCAACGGUACGGGGGCAUACAGCAUCCCACGGGGCUUGUUGCUGCCCAAAUCCAAGCACCAAUUUCGCCUCAAAUCUCUCAAGUUGACCAACUGCAGCUUUGAUCAGUUCAAGGAUGUCAAUCUCGACAUCAACCCUUUUGUGAGCCUUGGCAGCUCCCUCCGGGGGCUUUCUCUCUCCGAACUCAGCUUCCCCGCCGGGGAAGGCGGCGGCGGCGGCCUGAUUCUGAAUAGCAUCAUCGCCGGCGCCUCUUGCUUACAGUACUUGAGUCUGUACGCAAUUGUGGGGACUCGGAGGCUUCGGGUUCGGAAUCUCCGCAACCUGAGGAGCUUGAGGUUUCUCCAAUUCCUGGUGGAGGAUUUGGAGAUUACAGGAGUCCCCUUCCUGGAAAACUUGUACAUGACUGGUGCGCCAUUGGGAGGUGAUUUUGUGGUGUCUUCGAUGCCAAAUCUCAGAGUACUAACGAUCCACAGUGAGAAAUUCAGAUUGUCAAAUUCUGCCCACUAA